AUGCUGAUGCAGGACAAAGGGCUGGUUUUAGGAAUGGAUCGAAGCCGAAAGAAAGCCAUCGACAAUCUUCUCGCUAUCAAACAAAAAUUCGGAUAUCAAAGCCUUCAAAUCCGCUAUCUCGAUAUGACCAAAGGCGUGAUGAGUGAAGAAGAAGAGCAGAAACUCUAUAGAGAGGGAGCGGAUUAUCGCAUUCCCGCGGGGAACGACGCGGCCGUUUCGCCAUUGGAGAGUAAAUCGUUCGAGAAGAAACUCCGCCGCAUCAUGAAACAGAAAGAGCGAAAACAAAAACAAAGGGAGCAAAAACAGGGUAAUGCGAGCGUUUCAUCCGUCGAGAAGGAGUCUGCGAUUCCCGCGGAAUUGUGUCACUCUCAGAAAGCGGAACACAACCAGCAGGAGAAACGCCUUCUCGAUUCCACGCUUUCCCUCGCGAUUCCGUUGCCCCUCCAGCACCUUCUUCUCGCCGGGAUAAUCGCGGGGAGUGCGAAGCUCCCCGGCUACCCGCGGGAAAUCUUCGAUCGUGUGCUGCUGGACCCUCCGUGUUCGGCUUUGGGUCUCCGCCCGCGGUUAUUGCACGAAGUGACGAUGAAUGAUUUGAUGGGGUAUCGAAACUACCAGCGCCAGUUUAUCGAAGUGGCGGUGCAGCUGCUGCGUGUGGGGGGAACGCUGGUGUACAGCACGUGCACGAUCGACCCGAUGGAGAAUGAAGAGAACGUGGCGUUUAUUGUGAGGGAGUUUCCGAUGCGGUUGGUGCCGAUUGAGGCGGAAUGGAGAUUUGGGAAGGCAGGGCUGGAGAAUUGUGGGUUGAGCAGAGAGCAAUGCGAGAUGGUGCAGCGGUAUAAUAUGACGGAGAAGUGUAAUUCGAUCGGCUUUUUCGUUAGCAAGUUUGAAAAGACCGCUUCGUAUAGGGGAAGGAAGUAA